CGGUCUUUCUCCGAUCAUGGAACCCGCAGAGGCGUACCCAAACUCAUCAUGCGCACAGAAAAAAAAAGUGAUUUUGUGGAUCUGUCUGGGAGUGAUGAUCUUAUGACGGAGUACUCCGUUGGCGAGAUCGUAUUGCGUCUGGGUAUCCGCCAGGGAGAUACAUAGUUGCAUUCAAUAAUUCAUUUGACUCUAGUGCGGGCAAAGGAGAAGCUCACCCAGGCUCCAGGAGUGCGAAUGUCACGGGUCACAUGGCAUGCUUGAUCCGUGGUGGAGAUCAAGGAGUUGGAUGACAGCUGUAGGGAUGUCUUUUUUUUUAUCCUGUUGCUCCUUUGAGACAAUGAUAAAGAGGUGAUUGGUCUCGGCUAUUACAUAAAAAUGCGACUCCAAGAUGGGCUGGGGAUGUUUGUCUGGAUAAUUUCCUCAUAAUAAUGAAAGCUCUGGAAUAUAUGCGCGGAGGGAUGCAGAGACGGCGCUUGGGGAAGGAGAAUACGUAGAGAUUUUGAAGGAAAUAGGCGGUCAGGGUGGUUUUCCAGACCAGAAAGAAACCGUAACGAUUGCUCGGUGUGCAUCAGAUUGUUGUAUACCUAUGAGUCGGGUUGAGUAACGAUCUCAAGUCAACUAUCAACGUGUGAUCGAGGGAGAUUAAUUAGUUCCCUGGUUCCGCCACUGCGCGGUCUCUCAGCCUUUCUUUCAAUAGUAUCCUCCAACUCCGGUUAAAUAAUAACCACAAUUCUGGAACCCUUGGGGGAGCUAGCUUAGCAGGCGCAACGACGCUUUGAGACCCCCUCCUCAAACCAGCAGCGCACAGCUCACAGCUCAAGCUUCCACUCCUGCUUUCCCCCCUGGACCCUGGCAUCCGGUUUCCUCUCCAUUUGUACUAUCAACCUAUCCUAUUCCUCCAUCCUCAGCAACUCACCGACCACCGCGUGGGAUCCAACCACGCCCAUGGACUGUUCGCCUGGUCGGGUUUUGCCAUCGAGACACUUCCCACGCUACGUAUUUCUUCGACCGCUGAUUCCUCCUGCUGCGAGCCCAUAAGCUUAUCACAACCGAAGCUUGACUGCUGGAACCACGAUCUCAAAAUCGCUCAGAUGCCAGUGUGCUGUGACCACGGAUGACCACUUGCUCGCGAUGAGCCACCCUUCUCCCCGGAAGAACGGCGGCAGUCAUCUUCCCCCUCCAAAGCAGAUCCGCUUCGUUUCCACCGACGGUCAGCCUCAAACGAAGCGCCGAAGAGUAAAUGCUGCGUGCCGCACUUGUCGCAAACGCAAGAUACGAUGUUCCGGUGAGCAACCAGUUUGCAAAACGUGCUCGGAUUACAACCACGAAUGCCUCGGUUAUAGUGAACCCGCUACGACUCAUGUUCGAGCGCAAUCCGACACAACCUCUCGCACCACAACAACUCCAUCCCUGCCCACCCCAAACGAAUCGGCGGUUUUGCGCGGAUCUCUAGAAUUUGAGAGUCGGCUCCCAGAAUCCCCAAGAUGUGCGACAUUGCCCUCCGCUGUGAACGGCCCUGGGAACUCCCCCAAAGUGCUCAAACCGCCAAAUAUAGAAGGGCCGUCUCCUUCCCAGAAUACAUCUGCUCGAGCCUCAAAGGACAGGGAGCAGCACACAGCGGGGGAAAGUCCGGAAAGUAAUCGGACUUCCGUGAGCUCAGUUGGCCGUACGCAUGUCCCCUACUUUAGGUAUUUUGGACCCACGGCUAUUGUCCCUGGAUUCAAGCAGAUGGUUGUUCAAGUGCGGGGCUCACGAAAGAGCAAUGCGUCAUUGUCAUCAGAUUCAUUAUCGCCACUGCGAAGUCCUAAGCUCAUUGAAAGAGGGCAUCAUCCACUCAAUGCUAUAGCGGCUACCGAGGACAAUCGUGAUGCCAACACUAUCCCCUUCUAUGACCGCGAUGAUUCUUUACCCGUGGGCAACUUGGUGACUCACCUCUGCGAAUUGUUCUUUGUGCAUUUGGGUUGUAGCUUUCCAUUUUUACGACGAGACCGUUUUCUGCGUGAUCUAAAGGAGAAGAAAAUCGAUACCAUGCUGGUGGAUUCCGUUUGUGCCUUGUCCGCUCGAUUUUCUCCGCAUCCGUUGUUGAGCCCGCCUCAAGCGCCCCGGAUAGAUGGCUCGCAGCCUCAGCUGGACACAACGAAAUCUAAUCGCGGUCAACCGUUUGCCAACCGGGCAAUGAGUGCGCUGGUCGAGGCUCUCUCGUUCCCGACUCUAUCCGUCGUCCAAGCAUGUCUACUUCUUGCCUAUGAGGAAUUCGGCUCCAAUCAUGAUAGUGGUCUGUGGAUGUACUUGGGCAUUUCUAUCCGGAUGGCGCAGGACCUCGGAAUGCAGAAGCUACAAGGUCUGGACUACAGCUAUGGUCGGACAGGUGUGACGCCAAGCGCCGUCGUGACCGGGCAAGCCUCAAAGCUCAGGGAAGAUCAAUAUGACGAUCCACAAAUUGGUUCGGGCGCGACCAAAGGAUCACAAGAAUCAGAAGACCAACGUGCGUGGGAGAGAGAAAGGGUGGACUCGUUCUGGAGUAUCUUCUUUCUUGACAGGGUCAUCUCAUCCGGCACCGGACGGCCGGUCACCUUGCGCGACGAGGAUAUAGAACUCCGUUUCCCGCUCCAGUCGGAAUCCCAGCUUCCCAACGGUUGGCCAGCGCCAUUUCCACCUCUUAUUCGUAUCAUUCAUUUGUACGGGAGAGUUACAGAUCUUAUCAACGGGAUGCAGGAUGCCAACCACGUUACAACCGAUAACCUCAAGAGGUUAGCUGGGAUGGAGAGUGAUCUAACAGGAAUCUACCAACGUCUAUCGCCCAAACUUCACUUUAAUGCGGCAAAUUUCCAGGCCUAUGUCAAGGCCAAGGAAGGGACAAAUUUUAUUCUUCUUCAUUUUUGGUUCCACACCGUAAUCGUCCUUUUACACCAGCCGACGCUUUUACACUCCUUUGGCGGCACCAUCCAACACUUGUACCCUAACAGCAGGGAGCUUUCAAUGUCCUCAGCGAAAACAAUAGCGGACAUUCUAUCCUUCUCCGAGCUUGUCGAUGGAAAAAGCUUUAUCGGCAAUCCUUUCACGAGUCAGCCGAUGUACAUUGCGGCGUGCGCUUUCCUCAUGGAGAGCGCCUACUACUCUUCGCCUUCUUCCCGAUCUGGCUCGCCUUCGAGCCAGCCAUUGUUAGCCAACCAAACCAGUGGCUUUGUUAUGCCAAACAUGGACUCUUCGAAUCCCUCAGAACGAAAGCCGACAACGAAACACAGUCUGCUUGCGUCUGCUGCGAGAGAAAACUAUCAAAGGUGUUACAAAGCUCUAAAAGCGCUCGAGACUUACUGGGAGGGUACAAAGUAUAUCCUGACAGUCUUGGACCAGAAAGCCAAGGGCAUCAUGGAUCCUUUGUUGUAUACCGAAGAAGAGAUGGAAGGCACCUCCGAAACACCCACAGUUCAGCCUAUUGCGGGCACUAACUGGCGACAAGCCCAUGUAACGGCUGUACCAACCAAUGCUGCAGAAGGACCAGCACCCGGCGCCCCUGAUCCUGGCCAAGCUAUUGGUUGGGCUCUUACCAACGCGACCAAUUCCUCGCAGCCAAAUCUCAGUCUUCUGUAUCAGAUGCCCGCUGCUCAGGCCGAGCCUGCAUCUGAGAACAAAACUUCGUAUUCAUCUCAAUUUAACCAUGGCUAUACCAAUCUUCCUUCUCAACCGGGCGUCGGACCAAGUCCGAGCCCGUUCCCCCGAGACCUUGAGCCCACGAAUACCUCAACCGCCGCUCAUGAAUCCCAUGUAUCCUCAGGCCGGGUAACAACGUCCGAUGCGAACCUUCUGCUUGGCCUCAACACCCAUUACCCAGGCCCUACGUCCCGUCCUCCAAAUUCCCAGUCAGCGCACAAUCAAAAUAUCCCGUCUUCAUCCUCCUCUAAUCUCGACCCACAAGUGGCUCCAUACAGCUAUAUCCCCGUUACGACGAGCGAUCGCCACGGCAGUAAUCUCUUGACCUCGAAUUUCCACUCCGGUGUUAAUCCACACAUGGGCGAUCUUCUCAUUGAGAGCCAAGACAUUGAUAUGUCCGCCCUUCAACAACAGGAUCAAUUUCCUUUCCCAAUUAACGGACUGCCCUGGCUGGAAUAUCUCCCUCAAGAUGUUCUCAGCUACUUUGGCAGUGACCAUCAAAACUACCCUCUCAUGAGCCCUGACGAAGGCCCUCAGCCGCCUCACUAAAAAUCAGCCUGUUACGCCUGUUAUGCCCAUCGAUGUCUCUGCUUUGCCACGAUUUAAGAAGGAGUCCCCGGCGUCUUUGGUCGUUAGAUCUUCCAUCUUUGACGAAAAUAGAGCGUACUGGCGUUGAUGCUUUUGCCCCUACGUUAUCUCUAAUAGUCCAAUACGUCUUGCAUCAGCGAGCUUGCUUUGAAUCACCGCCAAAUAUCGCCCAAUCUAGCUGCAUUGCCUGUCACAAUUCUGAUCGUAUGCCUGUUGUUGUUGAGUUUCUGGAGGAUGGCUCAUCUGCAGCGUUCGUGUGUCGUAAAGACCAUCUCUUGUUAUAUACGACCUUUCGAGGAAUCUGUAAAUACAACGAUAACAAAAUCUAAACCAGAAUACUAAUUCCCAGUUGUGGUGUCAAAUUGCGAACUGGUCUUCUUUGUGAAACGUUGGCC